AUGGUCAGGCGUGUCAAGGAAAUGGACAGUGUAUGUGACAGGGCGUGCAGUCAGUUCCAGAAUUCAGUCGAUCUAGUGUUCUGGGUGGUUCCUGCGGAAUGCGCCAACUGGGAUAUCGCGGAUAUCUGGAAUAUCGGGCGAUCACAGCUGCGACUCCAUCCCGGCGAAUGCGAAGGGAGAGGAGGGAGCCGUCAUUACCGAACGCCAGACAAGAUACAAAAGAAACUGCGAUAUUUGACUCGCGAGAGAGAAGAGGAAAAGGGGGUUGGGGAGGGUAGGAGAAGGGAAGGGGGGUGGGUGGAAGGAGGAGGGAAGAGGAGAGUAGAGGUGAGAGGAAGUGAGCGAGAGAGAGAAGAGGAGGUGUGGUUGGGCGCCAGUAGUGAGGCGGACGGGGGGGAAGAGAAAGGCGAAAAGGCCCUGAGGAACGGGCGCGGACGGGCAGGGACGGGCGGAACGGGGCCAGUUUGGUCUCAGUCGGUGGACUGGUGGACUCGGUCCUGCGCUGGUACCACUAGCGAGGGUACCCAGUACCCCCUCGUUGGCCGGGGCCAACACUCAAUCCGGCGGUAUCGAGUACCGGACUGGCCAGUCCUACGGGCGGCCCACCUCGCCUGCGCUACUCGCGACUAG